GCGCCUCCCCGCCGCCGCGGUUUCCAUGGCGACCCGCGCCGCGCCGCUUCCACCCGGCAGUGUCCGGUUCCACCGCGCUGCCCCGGCGCCGGCCGCCGACCGAGACGGGGAUUCUUGUCUAGGACAGUCAGGCUAAGAAAUGGAUCCCUUACCCCUGACACUGACUGGACAUUCUCCAUGGAACGAGGCCGACACUCCUCAAACCCGCGACCUAAAGCACUUACGAGCCAAACGUGUGGCUUACUAUGAAUGCAUUGGGAUCAUCAAGAGCGAUGCUUCCAGAAAUGGCAGCCAAGCUGUGUCAAAAGCUUCCCAAGACAACAAAGUGAAUCCCUCAGAAAGCCAAACCUUCGGGGUGAGACCUCAGAGGUCACCGCGUUACUCGGCAGUUGGAAAGAAACCUCUGCGCGAGGAAAGGUCCAAAGUGGCUCCUGGAGAAGCAGAGCAGUGUCAGGACCACAGGGCCCAGGAGGGGCCCAAGGGAAACAGCUGCCCAACAGAACUGGAUCUCCAUCUGUUGGCCGAUGCUUUGGUCCCUGAGACACAGAAGCUGCGACAUGUUAUAAAUUGGGCCCAGAAGUUCUUGUCCAACCCUCCAGAAGAGCGUGGGUUGAAGAGGUCCACAACUUCUCUAGGACUCCCUCUGUCUAACCUUUAUCAAAGUUCAGAAGCUCUAGGAAGUAAGCGAAGUGCCCAUCUGAGGUCAUCUGAUUCUCUACCCCUGAACAGAGAAGACCAGUCCAGCACACAGACAGACAUUCCCAGCUGCCCUUCAAGGCCCCAAAAGAGCUGGUCAGAAACAAGCUUGUCUUCAGAAUUUCCAGGUUCCUUCCUGAAGGAGGGUUUUCUGGGCAGUCACUCUUGUGGGUGGCAAGAAACUACAUUUAGGAACGAAGGGGAGGGAAGAACCACUACGAGCUCUCCUGAUAGUCUUCAGAUGGAAGAUUCUGCUCAAGAAAAGUAUGAGAGAGCAGGAGAUAUUCAGACCCCCAAUGAGGACGAGAUGUUUCCCGAGGGGCUGGGGGCUCAGCUACAGUUGAGACACACUUCUGAAGAAAGUAAGGUUUUAGAGGAAACCAGACAGAACCCACCCAGAAAUGGUUACUUCUGGACUCCACUGACAGACAGCUCAGAGGAGGAGCGUUUGGAUGAACCUGGGGAGAGCAGAGGCACACCCGGAAGGAGUGUGCUAGGGAGGAGGUGCAGAGGGUUUUCAGGAAUUGCCUUGUCUCCCACAAGUGACAGCACACUAGUGUCAAAGACCAUGGUGCUGAGUGCGGCUUCCUUCCCUCAGGAAACACCCCUGGAGGCUGAAGUCAGGGAGGAGCGCAGAGGAGCAGCACAGUUCCCUGUGGGGACCCCCAAGGAUGUCACAGUGGAAUUCAGGGCUGACAGUUCCAGAGGUGAAGACCCCAUCCAGAGACUGCUUGAGGGUCAACGUAUGCCCCGCUAUGACAGCUCCAGUGAAAGGAGAAAGGAAUCAGACCAUGUGGGGUUCACUUUGGGGCCCCCUCAGACUUAUAUUAAGCAUAAAAAUGAGUGGAAACACAUCAUCACAGAGAGAGCGGGGAAGACUAUCACGGGGAGAGUACAAAGAGGCGGUCCGAACAGGAGUGUGCAGAGUUCUGCUGAAAGCAGUGCUCCUGUGACAACUCAGAGGCAGUUUGCUCUAACUCAGCCUGAAAGUUAUUUGGCCCCUCAGAUUGCCAGCCUCUUGCUGAAUGUCUCAGAGGGCCCCUUGCAGAAUGCUGCGUUUCAUGGACGCACAGGUGCCGGUGUCUUCUGUGGACCCACUGCAGAUGCACAUGGUGCACGUGGCAGCACUUGGUUUGACGAAGUGCCACCAUCUGAGAUGAAUGACAGAUCAGUACAGACACCUCGAAUGAUCACCAGGCAGACAACUCAUGAGCAAAAGGAAAAGACACUGCCUUCAAGUUGCCCCAUUUCUGGAGAGAUUUCCAAAACUGGUUUGAAGGGAUCCUUCCCACUCCAGGAUGUUGGCCUCUCCUGGAGUGAUGAGCCGCCCCAUGAACAGGAGCCAGGGGCCAGUGUACUGGAGACAUAUUAUUAUUAUUUGCAUAUGUUCAACAAAAUCAAGAGUCUCUCUUCAGAAGAGAGGAGCUCCUCUUUGCCUUCCCAGGAGCCUAGACUGUCCAAAUCAGAGUCAGUAAUCACAUCUCCACGAGGGAAGGGCAAGUCCAAAGGGGCCAGCCUGGACAGGGAGACCAAGGAAUGGAGAGAUGGGAGUGAGAGCGAUGCGGCUGUGGAAGGGAAGUUAUGCUCUGCUUCCCCCAAAAUGACAUCCAGAAUGACCAGCAGUGAGGGAUACUGGGAAAUGUCCAGCCCUGCAUGUUCAUCUCGCAAACACGGAGAUGUGAAGCCAAGAUCUCAAACCAUUUUGAGACCAAGCUCAGCUGAAGCAGAAGAGAGAACCUCCGCUGGGACUUAUUCCAGUGCUUAUGCUGUUGGAUCUGUUGAAAAAUUCCUUUGCAAGAAUGUGCCUCAAGAUGUGGAGAGAGAAAAUGAGGUACCCAGGCCAUGUGCUGUGUAAAUAAUCAACACGCUAGUCCCAUUGUUACUUAAUUUUGAAUAAUCCCAGCAUUUCCAAACAAAAAAAAAACCUUGCUUGAGUAGGAAAGUCAUUUGGUGAUUGGAUGGGCAUGGAACAUGGUGGAUGGGGAAGCUGAUGAGUCCUUCAAUUAUGGUUUUUCCUAAAGCCAGGUGAGAAUUUCAGAGUUCUUUCCCAGUAGUCAUUGCUUCAGCAGAGUUGUGGCAAUUGGAGUGAAAACACCUUUAAAGUGAAUCAUUGGUAAUUACGUAUAUUGACAAGUGAUUUGAUUCAGGUGGGAACCUUGGCAAACAGCCAUGCCUUUUCCAGGUGUUCCUGUUCUCUUAUUUAGACAGCUUUCUUUUUUUUCCUAAUAUGCAAAGUUGCUGUCAUGAAGCACCAAGAUGAAAAGUGCAGCAUUCACAGGAUAAAAAUAUGGAGUGUUGUGAAAUCCAGAAUCAUAAGUAAGAGGAGAACCUGAGAGUGUAAACCCGAAUCCUCAAAGACCUGAGGGAUUGCUCAAUUAAAGCCAGCUCAUCAAAGAACAGUGGCUUGCUUUCGUGUGUGUGUGGAUAGAUGCCCAUUGAUCCAUUAGAAUUAAGUGGGAUCACAAAAGAGAUGCUGGCUUCUCACAGUGGCUACUAUUGCCUGAUGAAAUAUGGAUUUAUGUGUUUUCCCUUCUGUCGCACAAAGAGCUCGCUCAGGUUGCACAAGUGUGUCACCACUUCCACCAGCUUGCAAGUGAUCAAAGUCUAUGUAAGCAGACAAAACAGUAUUCGAGAUGAAUGGGCCAUCAUUGGGAAGAAAAUGUCCAUUUGGCUUCAUCAAGUUUGCUUUCUAACUUUUCCAUUGUCUAAGAUAAGUCCUUUGGAAAAUGCAGUACACUUUACUGGCCAUUGUCAUGUUGACUGGUACAAUACUGUGACUUAUUCAUUUGUUCAUCCAUCCAACCUAUACACCAGGUGCUCUGGGGAUGACGAAGAGAAUGAGACAUCGGCCCCACCCUCAAAGUACUUUUGUGCUAUUGGGGAGACAGAUCUAGAGCCAACUAAUGGAGACAUAGCUAAUAAUGGCAAUAAUAAUAAUAAUGAUCAUUAUAAUCAUUUACUGAGUACUUUCUACGUGCCAGGCAUUAUACCGUUUCAUGGACUUUAUCUCGUUUAUUUCUCCCAACAAUCAUAUGAAUCAGAACUUUCUCCAUCCCCAUCUUGCCGAGGAAGGCAGGCAGUCUUGGAGAGGUUCAGUGACGCGCCUACAAUCUCAUGGCUGGUAGAUGGCAGAGCUUACUCAUGAACUCCAGUACUGCUGUUACAUAGGUGAAAAGCAAAGUGCUGGGUAGCUGUGGAAGGAGGGAGUAAUUCAGGAGGAAGUAGCAUUUGUACCAAGUUUUGAAGAAUGUGUCAUAUUUUGAGAAGUGGAGAAAUGGAAGGUAGAGGGAAGAAGGGCAUUCUGAAGAGGUUGAAUAGCAAGAAGAAAGCAAAGAGACAUUGCAUAAAUUAGGGAUUAUGUGUGGCUACAGAAACCCAAAAUAACAGCUUAAACUUUCAGAAAGGGUUUUAUUUUUUUCUCACAUGACAUGAAAUCCAUAAAUGGGUUGCCCAGGACUGAUAUAAUUGCUCAGUGAUGUCAUCAAGGAGCCAGGUUCCUUCUCUAUUUCUGCCAUCCUUAGGUCAUAGCUUCUAUAUUUAAGGUUGCUUCAUGGCCACAAGAGAGCUGCUGAAGCCCCAACCACUGUGUCAUAGAUCCAGAAAGAAAAAAAAAAAGUAGGGAAGAGUAAAAAGGCACAAACUCCUUUUAAAGAUUUCUUUUCUUAAAAACCCCUCCAAUGACUCUUAUAUCUCAUUGGCCACCUCUUUGUAUAAGGUAGAGUAGGAAAUUCAGAUGUUGUAUGUGGGUACAUUGAUUUGCUCAACAUUAUGGGGAUUCUGUUGAGAAGAUGAGCAUGGAUCUUGGAGCAGUAAUUAGCAUACUUGCUAUAAAUGAGAAGAGUGAACAAAUGGCAUGUGGCAAGUGGAGUUCAGAAUGUUGUGGAGAAGGAGGCUGGGGUCAAGCAGUAGAAGGAGUCCCUGAAAAUGCUAUACUAGAUUUUAUCCUCUGGAUAACAGGGAACAUUCAAAAGAUCCAACUAGAAGCAACGUGAAAGGUGCAUUAGAGAAAACUGUAAAUAGGAAGAAAAUCUAAUAAAUUGGAGUCCGCAGUGUACCUUGGGCAGAAGAAGGUGGCAGGGUACCAGCAGCGCGCAUGAGAAGAGGGGACACGUGCCCCAGACCCUCUGCUGCUGGAAUCAACAGAGUGGGGUGGCUGUGGGGGCGGUGGGGGAGGGACUGGGUGUCCACAGUGACUGAGGUUUCCAGUCAGAGGGACAGGAGAAUGCGGUGACUUCCCAAACGGUCUUACCGCGGCUUCAUUCCAUCAUUAGAGAAAGCGCUCAACACCGUAUUGAGGACGGAUCGCAGCAGUCUAGCUCUGGUCUUUCAAAGGCAGGGAGCAGCUUCUAACAAGAGAGAUUACUGAGCAGGGAGUUUCCUAAUUUGGGUCACUUGGCUUUCUUGGAUAAUUUUCUCCUGGGUGUUUGUGGUAAGCUGCUUCAUAGGAUUCCCCAAACCAGGGAUUGGUGAACUUUGGCCCAGGGGCCAAAUUUGGAAGCCUCCUGUUAUUGUAAAUGAAAUUGUUUUGGAAUGCAGCCAGGCCCGUUUGUGAACAUACUGUCUGUGGCUGCUUUCUUGCUUCAGUGACAGAGUUGAGCGGUUGCGACAAGGACCACAUGGCCUGCAAAGCCUAUGGCAUUUAGGAUUUCAAGUUUCUUCAUAACUUAAAAAAAAGUUUGCUGGCUUCUGCCUCUAAAACAUGAGACUCUACCUGAUGGCUCUUCUUCCAGGGCGUUUUCUGUGGAGAGAGAACGCUAAGCAUCCUUUCACUCCCGGGCCUGAGACUGAGGGGCUUAAUUAGUACUUUUUGUAAUGUUUGAGCUUUCUUGGAAAACAAAUUUCAAAAAAUAAACGACAUCAAAUAAAACAAAAUUAAAAUACAAUUUUGUUCUAUUUGCCUACUCUGCCAGGUGAUUAAGUAAGUUAUGUUGUCAUAGAAACAUUAGAAAUUAAUUAUGAGCCCCUGACAGGGCUGUUUCAUAUUUCACGUUUCGUAUAUAUUUGUUAUUGCAAUCUCAAGUGUGAAUACUGAGUCUUCCAGUGGAGCAAAUAAUAAAAGCAGACCUCUUCCCUAUUUGUGGCUAACCUUAAUUGAAGGUCAUUUUAAGAUUAUGAUUUUAGGUGUUGCGCAUUUUGACACCGGGACAAAUGGUUACAUAGAGAGUAGAAACAAACAGAAUAACUUCUGUGGGGUGAAAGAAUAAUUCUCCUAGGAGAUCUUUGUUCUGCGAACUAUUGCUAAGGCAGCCCCUCAAAUUACACCAUAGCUUCACAUUCACUAAAUUGAGAGGGAAAAAUUUCAGGAAUAAAUAGGACACCCCUGAGCUCUUGGGCACGUGUGGCUGUGGCUGUGUAUGAGCAGCCCCACUGUACAGGCCCAGUUGAGGGAAAGGGUGUUUAUGGAGGGGUAGCUGAGGCCUCCCGUUCACUUGUUCUUCUAGGCACCCUGCAGUCUGUCCCUGGCUUAAGUUCAGACCUUCAGGAGCUGUUUGUCUCCCUGCCUUGCAGCGUCCCCUCAGGGGAAUUUCAUCUGGCCUGUGGCCAUCUCAGUUGCUAUUGAGAAGCAGCCCUAGGAGGCUCAUUGUACUUUCUGGAAGCUUGUUGUUGAGAACACCACACCCCACAUUACACAGCUGCCUCCCUGUGGCACCCAUGGGGACGUUGCACUACCCGAAGUAGUUGUCCUUCUGUUUCGUGGCUCUUUUCUCGACUGUGCUGCUUUAGAAAGCAUAGAGCCAUGUUGGUGGCCCACCUAUAACGUGUAUAAAGGACUUCGGGGGUAUUUAUUUUGUUGACCAAGCACAGUGCUGGGUCUGAAAGUUCUCUUAUCCUUAUUUUUUCUUUACAUACCUUUUUGUUCCUUUUGAAAUGAUUUUCAUAAUUUAGAACACUGCUUUAAAUUAUAGACCGUACUGUCUACACUAUCUAUGCUGUCGGCAGACCGCCUGAACUUGUUUUGGGAUUCAGACUUUGAAAAAAGCAGUGGGUCUUAAACUUGAGCAUGUCCUGGAAUUACCUGGAAGGCUUGGGUAAGACAGAUGACUGCCCUCCCCCACAUUUGUGAUUCUGUGGGUCUGGGCCAGGCCUGAGACUGCUCAUUUCUAACACAUUCCCAGGAGAUGCUGAUGUCUUAUUAUGCAGCUGGCCCCAAUCUAGGCAUUGGGGGAUGAAGGUCCUUGUCCUGAGGGAAUUUUCUGAAUGGCUGCAGAGAUGAGGAAUACAUAUAAAUCAGAGAAAAGGACAAUGCCUGGCCAAGUGUAGAUCAGGGGUGGAACGAUUCAUUGUGAAUUUGGUCUUUAGGAAGGAAUGCAGGGUGAAGUAGGGCUUGAGCUGGUCUUGGAAGUGUGGAUAGGGGUUGAAUGGUGAAUAAAAGAUGAUGGGGAGAGGCCUUGUGAUUAAAGGACAGACUAGCAUGGGCAAAGGGCCAGCACUGGAAAAAAGCCCCAUAAAACCAAGUCUGGCUGAACGCAGAACACACUUCCAGCUCUGCAGAGCAGUGUGCCUCCUUGGCCAUGGAGGAGGGUGCCCCACCCAAGCUGGCCCCACCCUCCCGUCUCACCUCCCCUCUGCUUUCCAUUUGAUCAGAUCCCUCAUCGUUCCCUGACAACUUUCCAAGGCUGUUCCUGAUCCUUUGCCCCUGAUCGCUCCUUCACCUGAUGGCCACUUUUCUUCUUUCUGUACUGGUCCCACAGGGCACAGCUCAAAUGCCACCAAUGACCCAAUGAAAAUGCUCCUGGUUCCUCCCCAAACCCUACAUCAGUGAUGAGAGAAUAGCUUGCAUUGACGAGGACAUCAUUCCUUCCCCAUUUACUUGUGUCUGACUUUAUCGUCUCUCAAUUCUAGUUUCCCAGCUCUUCCUCUGUGACAACCCCUGUUCUCCAAGUGUGGUCCACAGACCGACAAUAUCAGCCUUACCUGGGGACUUGCUGGAAACGCAAAUGCUCCAACGCCACCUCAGACCUGAAUGGGAGACUCUGGGGCUGGGGCUCAGCAAUCUGAAUUUUCACAAGCCCUUCAGGUGAUUCUAAUCAGUGCUGCUCUAUGAAGAAAGCUAAUUACUGGCAAGUGGCCCCUGAAGCCCUCCCAGAUGACAUCCCAGCUCUCUAAUUACUAACAGUCCAUUUUAAGAGUUGAGAUUUUUGUGUUUCUUAUAAGAUGAACAGUUUUAAUUUCCUCAGCAGUUGGCUUUAAAAACAAAAUGAAGAUGUUUUCUCCGUAACUUUAACAUUUCACUGACUUUAUUAGGUAGUACAAAUGCCCUGGCCACUUUUUUUAAUGAUGGUAAUUCAACCAUAGAUAAUGAACGCUUUGGAGUGCUGUAACAAAUUGGAUAAUAAUAAUGAUUUAAGAGAAGUCAAGCUAUCUAACAGCAGGAAGAAAAACCCUGUUGAUUAAAUUCAUUUUUCUAAAAAUCACAUCCGUUUAAACUAUAUUCAUACCUAAAAUCUUCUAAUGCCUUGCAUAAUCUGUGUCUAGUAUAAAUACUUUCUCAUAGAAAGAACUGAAGAAAUAACAAGGAAUUCUAUCUAGAAACACUGCAGUUUUUAAGGAUUUGCAACACGUUGCUUAUUCUCCAGUGAAAUUAUAACUGCUUGGCCAUGACAUAGAGUAUGUGAGAAAGCUUUUUCCACACAAACACAAAUGUGUGUAUAUAUACACAAAUCUAAGUGUAUGUAAGUGACCUGCUAAGUUCUUUUAUUAAUUUUUUCUCUUUUAACUUUAUUGAGGUACAAUUCACAAAAUAUACACUCAUUUAAAGUA